UAUACUAGCAGCAAGCGCCUUCACCUUGGCUGCUAAAAUAUUAUGGAAGGGCGCCUUUACAAUUUCUGGUUCUGCUAAUUACUAGCUUUCCUUGGGAACUCAGAACCACAACAGAAUAAUUAGGUUUACAAAGGUGAGCCACCCAUGACACUGAAAAUUAGAAGCGGUACAGUUCCAUCCAUCAUUUCGUCGUCCCUCUGUCGCCGUCUUCCUUUGGUCGGAGCCCUUUGUAUGCUUAGUUUUGGUCUUACUAAUCUCACUCCAUCUCUCUCCUCUUCCUCCUUCAAAACCCCCUGGUCAGGGUUUAGUAGACAAUUAUCAUCAGUCAAAGGGAUUCAUAGUGGUAGUGGAGGAAUGGAAGGGAAUUCUAACACCGUACCUAGCAUUGUUGUUUAUGUUACUGUUCCAACUAAAGAAGCAGGUAAGAAACUUGCAGAGAGUAUAGUCACAGGAAAAUUAGCAGCAUGCGUCAACCGAGUUCCAGGUGUGGAGUCAGUUUAUCAGUGGGAGGGAAAGAUUCAGACAGAUUCAGAAGAACUACUUAUAAUUAAGACUAGAGAAUCCCUUUUGGAACCUCUUAAAGAGCACGUUAAAGCCAACCAUGAAUAUGAUGUCCCAGAAGUCAUUGCCAUGCCCAUAACAGGUGGUAGUCUCCAGUACUUGGAGUGGCUCAAGAACAGCACAAGGGAUUGAUAUUCUCUUUAUCAGUGAUGAUCUUCACAGCUUUGAAUUUCAAGCUACAUAUUAGCGUAUGCCUUGUUAGAAGUUUGUGUUGUUUUAAGCUGUCAAUAAACAAACAUGAACUGUUUAGUAUGUGUGUCUAUCUAUGUAUGACUGCCAUUGGUGUCUAUUUAUGUAAGUUUACAAGGCUUACAAGCUGGGGUAGACUAAUUUUUUCUCAGGCUUUCCCUGCAUCAUGAUUCAUGAUGAUCACUGGUUAUGGGCCUUAUGGCUGACAUUUAGAUCCUCACAGUUGGGUACAUAUGGUCAUGUGCCUGUAUGGGAAGAAUAAUUAUAAUAGGUGAAUAAUUAUAGUGUGUGAGCCGUUUUUGUUA